AUGAUAAAGGACGAUAGCAAGCCGGCCGUAGCGCUGAUUGGCACGCUCGAUACCAAGAAGGCUGAGUAUCAAUUCGCGACUUCUUGGCUCGAACAGCGAGGAUGCAAUGUCCUUGUCUUAGAUGUCAGCACCCACAAGCCCCUCGAAGGACCGUCGUCGUUCGAUUUGGGCGCAAACUCGAAGCGCUACAGCGCAAAAGAGCUGCUAGAGCUUCGUCCGAACGAAAACGAUGGCGACCUUCCCUCAGAAAGGUCUGCUCUCCGCGAAGCAUUACGAACUGCAUGUCUGCAUGAGCUGUCGAGACUGCACAAGGACGGUGCCAUCGAUGCCAUUGCCUCCUUUGGUGGCAGCCAGAACACUUCAUUCGCGACCUCAAUCAUGCGAGACACCGCCUUCCCCAUCGGUCUGCCCAAGUUCAUGCUCACCACUAUGGCCAGCGGCGACGUGAGCGAGUUCCUGGGCGAAAGCGAUAUAUGCAUCAUGCCCUCGGUUGGCGACAUCUCUGGCUCUCUCAACGCUAUCACUUUGACCACACUUCGAUCGGCUCUAGCAGCCAUCUCCGGUAUGGCACACGCGUGGCAUGACUCCAAGCAACAAGAUGCGUCAGCCUCGUCGUCGACCAACAAGCACAACGACAAGCCCAUGAUCGCGAUCAGCAUGUUUGGCGUCACAACAGCUGCCGUCAACCAGAUCUCGGAUCUGCUCAAACAGCAAGGCUACGAGCCGGUCGCUUUCCACGCCACAGGAUCUGGAGGUCGAAGCAUGGAACGGCUGAUCCGGGAAGGCUACUUUGCGGCUGUCAUCGACCUCACCACGACCGAAAUUUGCGAUCAUGUUUACGACGGCGUCCUCUCCGCAGGUCCGGAUCGUCUCACCGCCGCUGCUGAGAAAGGCGUGCCGCAAAUUGUCUCGGUAGGCGCGCUCGAUAUGAUAAACUUCGGCUCGCUGUCCUCCCUUCCGUCGCACUACGAGGUGAGGGAGGGAGGUGAUAAGGGACCGAUGCAUCAUACGAGAAACGGCACACCGGUGUACGAGCAUAACAGCCAGGUGACGUUGGUUCGCACCUCUGCUGAGCAGUGCAAGGAGAUAGGACGCCACCUCGUCAGCAACCUGUUCAAGGGGCUCGAGCGUCUUGCCGGAGAUAGGAAGGCAGCGCCAAUACGCAUCCUCUUUCCGAAAGCUGGCAUCUCGGCCAUGGAUGGAGCAGACGGCGUAUGGGAUGACGCCGAGGCUAGAGAGGCCCUCCUGGACAGCAUCCAAAAGACGGUCGACGAGCAUCAAUCAAAGAAGGAUGCCCAGAGGUGUAAUGUCAGCAUCGAAGUGUUCGAGCACCAUAUCAACAGUUCCGAGUUCGCUAAAGUCGUCGCUGAUCAGAUCGUCAAGCUGGUCUCCGAACGACAGAAGAGGUUAUGUCUUUUUUAG